ACUGAAUUUAUCAACAAGGCCGAUCUGCAAUUUGCUAGCAGAAGGCGUGAUGUGAGGGACGGCCCCUCUCUUCUUGAAUGUCAUAGGGUUGUAGAGGCAGCGUCGCCUGGCAGUUUAGUCGAGGUAAAAUCUCAACCACCAAUUACUUUUUGAUUGAGGGUAUUCUUCUACUCCACUAGAUACUGGUAACAGCCUCGGUGUACCGAUGGCCUAAAACCGUCCAUGGGGAAGUGGGUCAUCCCUCGAUCUUUAAGUUGCGCGAUCCGGCGUCUGGUUCUCGUGAGCCUUUUCGGUUAUAUGGGCGGUGCAAAAAUUCUUAUAUGUGGUAAAAAUAUCGAUACAUAUCGUCUGUCAGAUACGCUUUCUGAGCUGCGCGCUAGCAGAGUCUUUAAUUCGUACAGAGGAAAGGCAGAGCGCUGUGAGCACCUUCAUCUUGGUAAAUCGCUCCGCUUUAUGCGUCCAGAUGUGGGCAGCGAGAUAAGGUGAAGUCGAGGGGUGUCGCUGCGAGCGUUCACACUAAGUGGAUCCUUGAGGGCGGCAGUC